AUGAUGCCGCUCUUCUCCCGCAGACCGAAGCAGAGCAGCGAAGCCCGCAAGCGGCUGGAAUAUCAGCUGUGCCUGGCUAAGGAGGCCGGGGCCGACGACAUCUUGGACCUCUCGAAAUGCGAACUAUCCGAGAUCCCGGACGGAGUUUUCUCGACAUGCCGGGUUUUGCAGAAAAAGGUGUUGAUUCUUCACAGCAAUUUUUUAACGCAGCUCGUGCCCAAAUCGUGCCAAAUUCUGGACCUUUCAGCCUUAAAGGUCCUCGAUCUCCACGACAACAAGAUUCCGUCCCUUCCUGAUGACGUUGGUCAGCUGACCUCUUUACGGGUGUUGAAUGUUGAACUAAAUCUCUUACGGUCUCUUCCCGACUCCAUCGGAGACCUCGUCCAGCUUCAGACCCUAAACCUGAAAGGGAAUAAACUGAAGACCCUUCCCCGGACAGUAGGGGGGCUGCGGAGCCUGCGGACCCUCGAUAUCACCGAGAACAGGCUGAGCGCGCUUCCUGCAGCGCUCGCCAACGUCCGGACGCUGGAGAUGCUGUCCCUGGAUACGACCGAUAUGACGUACCCCCCGGAGGCCGUGUGCGUGGAGGGAACUGAAGCCGUGCAGCGCUACCUGUGCACAGAGAUCGGCAUUGAGUAUUGCCCUCCUUCCCAGUACCUGCUCUCCGUCCUGGAGAACACGGAGUCUGAAGUGGAUUGUGUGGACGGGACGGUCUCAGCGCCCCCCAGACUGGACACGGAGUGGCAGAAUAAGUUUUCGGAAUAUGAAAGGAGAAAGGAACAAAAAACGAUAGAAAAACUGGAAUUUGAGCGACGUUUAGACUUGGAACAGAGAGAGCAUGCGCAGCUUGUCCAGCAAAUCGGCUCCCAGAAGGAUGAGAUACUGCAGAUGGUGAAAAAGGAGCAGUCCAGGUUGGAUAGAGGGCUAAACCAACACCAGCGGAGGCUGCAGAGCGAGCGGCUUCAGCUGCAGGAACAGCUCAAGCAGAUGGAGAGAGGGAUCUCCUGCCGCAUCUCAAAUUUAUUGCAGGACAACCGCAGACAGAAGCAAAGCGUUGCCAUUUUAAAGUCCCUGGAAGAUGAGAGGAUUAGGAUGGAGCAGCUGAUGGCCAUCACCCAGGAGGAAGCGGACAACCUCCGGCGAAAGGAAGUGGCCGCCGCCAUGCAGCAGAUGCUACGAGAAAGUUACAAAAGCCGGCUUCUCCAGAUGGCCUACGAGUCCAGGCGCCAGGAGAUGGUCCACCAGGCGUGCUCCAGCCUGGCGGAUAUGGAUCACAAGUUGCAGCAAAUCCAAGCGUGGCAGCAGCUGGAUCACAGCAAGGCCAUCAGCCAGAUCCUGCAGGAGUCGGAGAUCCAGAAAGCCGCCUUCGAGGCUCUGCAGCUAAAGAAGGACCUGAUGCACAGACAGAUAAGGGAGCAGAUUAUAUUAAUAGAGAGUGAGUUAAUGAAACUGACCCAGCUGGAGAUUACCAGGCAAGAGCUCGACACCGAGGCGCUGCAGGAGGAGAUCUCCGAGCAGCGCCGGGCCCUCAGCGAACUCCUACAGCAACUUCUCAAAGACAAGAAGCAGCGGGAGGAAGAGCUGAGGAAUGUUUUGAUUGAGAUGGAUGCCAAGAGCGAAGCCAACCAGGAGAACUACUGGCUGAUCCAGUACCAGCGCCUGCUCAACCAGAAGCCGCUGUCCCUCCGACUCCAGGAAGAAGGCUUGGAGGAGGAACUGGUGGCCCUGAUGAAGGACCUGGCCGCUGAGAAGUAUCUGCCGAUAUUCGCCCACCACCGCUUCUCGCUGGAGAUGCUGGCAAAGAUGACUCCGGCCGAUCUGAAGAAGAUCGGAGUGCAGGAAGUCGGGCUGCAGGCGUCCAUCAUCCACCGGGCGAAAGAGAUCUGGGAACUGAGAAGAGGUAAACUGGAUCCUGCGUAUAACGUCUCACCUGAACCUGCGGAGCCGAGCGCCCCGGAACCCGUCCAACCAACCCCGGAACCUGAAUCCGUUCCAUUCACCGAAGUGACCAACAGGAGCUCGGAGUGCGUGGUCUGUUUAGAGCAGGAGGCUCAGAUCGUCUUCCUCGGCUGCGGACACGUCUGCUGCUGCGCCCCCUGCGGAGAUGCCCUUCGUAUCUGCCCCCUGUGCCGGGGCGAGAUCAGCCAGCGGAUACGGAUCUAUCACAGCGCCUAGCAGAGAGGAUUCUGGGAACGGACCGCGUCCUAUCCCUGCUCCCCAAACCAUCGCAAUGACUGAGAUAAAGCUGUAAGAAGGGGUUAAAGGUCACGUGCCCCGGGAUGGGGGGCUGCUUUAACCCUUUCUCACCGCUCGAUAAUGUGAACCGGCUCCUUUCGUACGUCAUUCUGUGUAUUUAAAUGUUUGCGCCCCGUUUUCUGCCCCCCAUCCCCCGUUACCUGGAGUAUCUAACGUUCCAGGGGUCGUUCCGGAGGCCGUUGUCUGUAAGGUCGCCGGCGGCAGCGUAUGAUAAUGCUGAGUAUCGGAUAUAACCGCUGGCUCGCUGCUGGGUAUAGCGGUGCCGAGUAUCUGGCUAUAUGUAUAAUGUAUAGAUAUCACAUUCACCGUCUGCAUGAUGCUGCGCUGUAUGAGGGGGCCGAGUAUCUGCAUGGAAUGGCAGGGGGUCCCCGCAUUAUGUAACCGGGGUAUAUGGGUGUUAUUAGGAAGAUUAUUUGCUAUAAUUUGCUAUUUAUUAAAUGGGGGGAGGUAAUGAAAGCCCCCUCCUCUGUAUAAGAGAAUAACUAAAUGAAGGGGGGCGUCACUGCUCUGUAGUGCGCUCGUACAUGUUGGGGGCUGGAGUGGCCCCUCCGGACAGGCCGCUAUUAAUCAAAUAGCUGUUUUUUUAUCACUCGAUUGCACUUUACGUGAAGGAAAUGUGGCGUUGGUUACAGGGAACGCAUCGGGUAUCGUCUUGGGUUUUGCGUUGGUGAAGCGGUGAGGGCACUCGGCUGAGAGUUUCUCAGAGUCUGUCCUCCCAGAACUGAGUGGCUUUCAGGAUCUCCUCAGAUGAUUCAGGUGGUUUGAUUAGAAAUAACUAGCGGGGGACCAGGGGCCCCGGGGACCAACGCUGAGACCCUCCGGCCUAUGGGGUCCCAGGGAGCUGCAUGUAUAUUAUGGGGGUCAGCAAUGAAAAAACUGUUCAUUAUUAUUAUUAUUGUUUUGGCCGUUAACCCUUUAAAUGCCAUCGAGUUGCUCAGCCUCUGGACUCCCCCGGGAGCUCCUUAAAACCCAUCUGUGAAGCGCAGCGGCCGGCCAGGACUCCGCCGCCCCGCGGACCCCGCAAGUAACACCCCGGCUUCCCGAAUACCAAGAGCCAAAGGGAGCGAAGGGUUAAUGGCCCGCUGGGUGUAAUUACCAGACUGAUCAAUAAUUAACCCGCGGUGACGGGAAGGAGCGUCAGCGGUGCUCUAACAUAACCCGGACCGCCGAGACGCGGAGGCAUUAACCGAGAGCCCCCAGAGCGCCUGCCACCCCCUGAUCAUGGAAAUCGCCCGCCCCGGGGGCCAUAACCGGCUCCUGAUUAAAAGCCAUAAUAAUGAUGCAGGGAGGCGGAUGUUAAAUGUAUAAUUUAUUAUUCUUACUUCCCGCUCCCUCCGUGUUUGGGGGGCAGAUCAGGCUUUUAAAUACCCCCCCCUAUGGAGUCUGGGAGAAACAUGAAGCAGUUUGCCCUUUGCUGGCGUCCGUAAAGCUUACGCUCCGUCCGUCCGUUUGUGGGCUUUAUUGUUUUUCCCGUUUUCUGUGUAUUUCAGCUCACAGACCACAUUUGUUAUCCGACAUUUGCCCCCCACCACCACCCAAAGGGUUAAAUAAGACCCCAAAUCUCCGCUGGUCCCUCCCGAGCCCAAAUGUUAUACACCUUGUGUUAUGCACCUUGUGCCGUGGAGUUGCGUGUUGUAUAAUCGGUCACGCUGUGUCGCUCUGUAACGUGUCGUUAAACUGUCACGCAGGUAAUAAAAGUGCCUUU